UGAAGAAAUGGAGAGUUGCUGGGUAAAGAUGGAUUCUUGAGAGAGCAGGGAGGAAAAAAAAACAGCAAUACGCAUACCCACGAUCUGCCCAAAGCGACGAGGAGGCGAGGACGACGAGGUGGUGGUGUUACCAGGUUCCUGAGGAAGUCGUCCGAGCAAACCAGAAACCAAAAUGAUUGUACAGGAGCCAGUGCAAGCAGCCAUAUGGCAUUGCUUGAAUCACUAUGCUUACCCGGAUGCAAUAUUCCUUGCAGAAAGACUUUUUUCCGAAGUGGACAAUGAAGAAACACUUUUUCUACUAGCAACUUGUUAUUAUCGUUCUGGUAAAGUAAGGCAAGCACAGGGAUUGCUGUCAAAGAGAUCUCUAAGCUCACCUCAAUGUAGAUUUCUGCUAGCCAAAUGUUGCUACGAUUUGGAAAAAUAUGCAGAAGCAGAAGCAGCCAUUAUUGGUGGCUAUUUCAAGCAGUUGAAAAACUUUGAUGAAAUCGUUGCCCAGUUUGGGGAUGAAGCUUGCUUUUGUCUGCAAAUUUUAGCCAAAGUAUGUUACAAAAUGACAAGGACUGCAAAAGGAAACGAAGCUCACAAACUGGCCUUAAAGUUAAAUCCCUUCUUGUGGCAUUCUUUCGAAGAAUUAUGUAACACAGGCGAAAAAGUUGAUGCAGGAAAAAUAUUUCAGUUGGAUAAAUUAGAUAGUUUAUCGACGUGUAUUGGUAGUGCACCCAUCACGUUAAAUAUUCAAGAGCCAGAAUUAAUCGUGCCUAAUACCAGUGCUCCCAACACUCCAACGUCAUACAACUUAAAUAUAACACCAAUUCAGGGGCCAAAUAAUAUCAGACUGCACUCUUCGAUAGACGAAAGUCCACAAAAUUUAAUUACAAAUUAUAAUAGUUGCUCAACUAUUUCGCCUCGCGCGAAACCGCCACGUUUUCGAAGUAUGUUUAGUAGUUCAAUGAGUCCUUUGACGCCCAGUUUUGGAGUUCUACCUUUGGACAUGAACACGCCAGAGCCUCCACUUUUAACUAAUCACUCGACACUCACAGAAGCAAAUGACCAGAAAGGCUUGGCUAAACGCGUUAGUAGUUUAAAAGCCCAUGUUGGGCAAUUAAUUUCACGAAAAGAAACUCCAUUGCAACAAGGAAAGCUAGUAUUCUCACAGUCUGGAAAUACCAGUAAUACCGCAAAUAUUACUGUUACUCCAACCACACCUAUUCCCUCUCAACCAACUCUUCAAGGUCUUAACGUUAGAAGGUCAUCAAGACUUUUUAGUCACAGUUAUUCAGUAAAGGAAAAUAACAAAUCUCCAAACAGAAGUAAAUUUGCUACUCCAAAAUCACCGCUAAGAAAAAAUAAAACAAGACUGGCAAAGAAUAAUCUUAAGACUAGUUUUAACGAAAUAAAUGAAAAAAAUAAAAAUGAGAAGGAAAAAAGUGAGACUAUCACGUCGGAAAAAAUUGUAGCCAACACUAAUGCGUUAAAUCAAAGUAACAGUGCAGCACUCACAAGUCCAGUAUCUAUUCAGAAACAUUCAGCAGAGGGUUUAAUGUCUUUGCUACGACAACUCGGAACGGCAUAUCAAAAUUUGUGUCAAUUCAAUUGCACGGAAGUAGUUGAAAUAUUGACUGCAUUGCCAGGCCAACAUUAUAACACUGGCUGGGUCUUGUCCAUGUUAGCUAAAGCACAUUUUGAAAUGAUUGAUUAUAAAAAGGCGGCCAGCUAUUUUUCACAAGUGAGAACUUUAGAACCUCACAGAACUGAGUUAAUGGAAAUAUACAGUACAACAUUGUGGCACUUACCAGCUGAAGUGCAACUUUCGACGUUAGCCCAAGAUCUUGUUGCUGAAGAUCGAAAUACAGCUGCAACGUGGUGCGCUGUUGGAAAUUUAUUUUCCGCACAAACUGAACAUGAAACUGCUAUUAAAUUCUUGCAUCGAGCUAUUCAAGUCAAUCCAAAUUUUCCGUAUGCACACAAUCUUCUGGGUCACGAGUACGUUAUUACUGAAGAGCUUGACAAGGCAAUGACAGCUUUUAGAAAUGCCAUAAGGCUUGAUCCACGGCAUUACAAUGCCUGGUUUGGCCUGGGUACUAUUUUCGCAAAACAAGAACUCUUCACUUUGGCAGAGUUACACUUCAAAAGGGCCUUGGAUAUAAAUCCUCACAAUUCCACGAUAAAGUGUCACAUUGGAGUCGUGCAGAAUGCUCUAAAGAAGGUUGAUCAGGCUUUGCAAACUCUGAACAAAGCAAUUGAAGCCGAUCCCAAUAAUACACUUUGCAAAUUCCAUCGUGCAAGUAUUAAUUUUAACAGUGGCAGACACGCGGAAGCGCUUGUUGAAUUUGAAGAACUGAAAAAUAUUGCACCCAAAGAAUCGCUAGUCUAUUUUUCGAUAGGAAAUAUUCAUAAAAAAUUAGGCAAUACUCAUCUUGCAUUGAUGUACUUCAAUUGGGCCACAGAUUUAGAUCCGAAAGGUAUUAAUAGUCAAAUAAAGGAAGCUAUCUUAAGCCCAGGACAAAAUGAAGACGAGUCUCUUGUAACUCAAUCUGAUGAACCAGUGCAACAAAGUUCCACCGAAGGUGAAGCUAGCCGAGAAGCAAGCGGGGAAGGGAGUAAUGUUGCUGCUAAUGCAACUAUUGAGACGAAUGCAGAAGAUAGCGAUGAUAGCUUAUGAAGAUUCAAAUUAGUUAAAGUACUGAAAUUUUUGAGUGAUAUGAUGAUGUAUGCCGUGUUAGUGUAUGACAUGACAGUGACAAAGAACAAAACCUGGACAUUUUUAAUGAAAAAUUAACUACUUUACAUUGAUACAUUGUGCUGCCUUUUACGACUCAAGUGAAUAACAAGAAGUCAACGUCUGAUUUUCUUUAGUAUUUGUUUAAUUUAAUUUGUCCAAGUGAUAGAUGACAUUAAAAAAUACAAACGUGUAAGAAAAGGCGAAACCAAAAAAAAAAGAAAAAAAAGAAAAAAAAGAAAAAAAGAAAGAAAGUACAGUCGAGUGAUUUCAAUUAAGUGGUUAGAUGAGACAGAGACUUUUGUUAUUGUAAAUUAUUGUGUUAUUGAUGAUCUAUAUUAUUUUAUGUGUCGAGUGAUUCUGGCAAAUCUCGUUUAAGAGACCAGUCGGAUAAUGCAAUUUUCCUUAUUGGGAGCUGUAGAAUUGACAGAGUUAAUUUUAAGCUGCAUCCGAUGGAGGAGCUGCGUUUUGUGUAAAAAUGUUGAGAGCAAUUCAAUGGAAAGAAAUGAAUGUAAAUUGCAGAUACGAGUAAAAAAAUAAGGAUGCAAAAUAUAUAUAUUAAUUCCUAUUGAAAAGCUUUUGAUAGCAUAUAUCUUCAUACAAUGUGCCGAACAAAAACAAGUGAAAAGAUUCCCAUAUCUGCAUGAUGAACUGUACAACAAAGCUUUGUUGCAUUACUCAAACGCUAAGUAAUUUUACAUCCGAUAAUUUAAUACAAAAAAAAAGGUAAAGCUUGUUUAACCAAAACCGUGAACCCUUUUUAUAACAAUUCCUUGAACUUACCUUUGAAUGAUCGUGUAAAUGUAUAUGCUCACAGACUCACACACACAUACGCGUAAACGUAUACCUUAAUAUUGAAGCCAUAACGUAAAACUUAAUCGUGGUUUAAAAAGUUAACUGUAAGCAUCAAACAAUUUAUUUCUUUAACAUACUGAAAGCAUUUAUACCUAACUCCACAAGAUUAAAAGCUUGGUAAAUGUAGUUAAUGUAAAAAUUCAUGAACAAAAAAUUUAUACAUUUUUUUCGUACGACCUCGAUGCAGAAUCACGACUUAAGAAAUGAAAAAAAUCAAUCAAUUUUAAAUUCCGAGUAAACAAUGAUGUAGAGAAAAAAAAUUUUUUUUCCAUGUUUACGACAGAAUUUUGUGUCAAGAGUAUAUAGCGAAAUAUACUCGCUGGGAAUACGAAUCUGUGCAAUGUUCAAAACGAGGCAGAACAAAUUUCAUUUUAACGCUACGCUAAUAAUCUUUGAACAUCAAUGCGAUUUCCUUUUGUACAGGGGUGUAAUACCCAUUCGUA